AUGGUGGACAGCCUGGGGCCGUCGUCUACUGCAGCUCCCGCGCGGCUCCGGACUACAUUUCCCAGAAACCUCUCUUCCGGACCCGCGCAAGCGCACAACGCCGCCCACGCCGCGAGCCCUGCGCACGCGCACAACGCCCCCCCCCGUAUAGCGGUAGGGGGCUGCCGCGCACGCGCACACCGCUCCCCGUGGGGGCAAGCGGCCGCGAUCCCCGCGCAUGCGCACAGCGCCCCCCCAUGGAGCUGGGCCCGGUGCGGGAAGGCGAUGGAGGGGCCCCGGCAGGCCCGGUCCGCUCACCCCCUGCUCUCCUGCUUCCUGCUGCUGACCCUCACGGGGGGCCUCGGCUCAGCGUGCCCGAGGACGGUGAGCCAGCGGGUGGGCGGCGCGGCCACCCUCUCCUGCUGCUUCGGGGUCCCAGAGGCCCAGCUGGGCCAACACCGCAUCUACUGGCAGAAGAACGGCAAGGUGGCCAUGGACGCCAACAAGGAGUUCAUCGACCCCGAGUACGAGAACCGGACCGCGUUCGACCGGGCCCACAACCUGUCCCUCAUCAUCCUCCCGCUGCGGGUGUCGGACAGCGGCCCUUACGAGUGCAUUGUCCAGAAGAAGAAGAAGGACGGCCACUACGAGCGCAUCCACGGGGCCGAGGUCAGGCUGGAGGUCGUAGGUGAGUGA